GGGUGCUCACCUCCAAAGCGAGGUCCUUGAUCCCUGCCGCAGACGCCUUCACAGCCAACAACAGCUGCCUCAGCAUGAAGCUGCUGGUGGUCCUCACGCUGGCCGCCCUCCCCCUCUACUGCUCUGCAGGGUCUGGCUGCCAACUUCUUGAGGAUAUAAUUGCAAAUAUAAUUGAUCCCAGGGUGUCUACAAGUCAAUUUAAAGACUCUUUUCAAGAGUUCAUAUCAAAUAAUGAAACUGCCGACGCCGUAGAUGAAUUCAAACAGUGUUUUCUCAAGCAAUCAGACAAUACUCUGAACAGUGCUGAAGAGCUGGUG